AUGUUCCAACAUAGAUCCGCUGUUCCAACAACAGUCGGAAAUGAUAGUUUCUUAUGGCAUAUGAGAUUAGGCCAUGUACAUUAUGCUAGGAUGCUUGAAAUGUCGAAGGAAGGUUUAAUUCCUGGUUUUGACAUGAAUGUAGAGAAAUGCAGAACAUGUAUGUUGACUAAGAUAACUAGGAAGAAAUUUGAUAGCAUUGUUAGGGUAUCGGAAGUCCUUGGACUGAUUCAUAGUGAUUUAUGUGAUUUGCAUGCUACACCAUCUCUGGGGAAUAAGAAAUAUUUUGUCACAUUCAUUGAUGAUUAUUCCAGAUAUUGUUCUGUAUAUUUGUUGCACUCUAAGGAUGAAGCCUUAGAGAAAUUCAAGGUUUACAAAACUGAGGUUGAAUUGCAACAAAGUAACUUGAUUAAAAAGUUACGCACCGAUAGAGGUGGUGAGUAUUAUGAUCCUGCUUACUUUCAGUCUGUGGGUAUAAUACAUGAGGUCACAGCUCCUUAUACACCACAACAAAAUGGUGUAUCUGAGAGGAAGAACAGAGUCCUUAAAGAAAUGGUUAAUUCCAUGUUAUCCUACUCUGGAUUGAGUGACGGUUUCUGGGGUGAGGGCAUGUUAACAGCAUGUUACUUGUUGAACAGAGUUCCUAACAAAAGGAACAAGAUAACCCCAUAUGAACUUUGGUUCUAUGUCAUUGAACCUAAUGAUUCUAUAGCAGUUCACACUGUGAUUGAGUCAAGAGAUGCAAUAUUUGAUGAGAAUCGUUUCACAUCAAUACCUAGACCAAAGGAUCUGGUUUCGUUUGGAACUGGACAAGGAGAUGGUACAAACGUACGUUCCAACAUCUCGGCUUGUGUUCCAACAACCAGCGAGUCACCUGUACUUCGUAGAAGUAAGAGAGGAAGGAUUGAGAAAUCAUUUGGUCCUGAAUUCCAAAUUUAUUUGGUAGAAGGUUCAAGAGAUGAGAUUGUUCUACAAUACUCAUAUUGUUACCUAGUUGGUGAUGAACCUAGGACAUUCAGUGAAGCUAUGGCUUCCAUUGAUGCUGCUUUCUGGAAAGAAGCUGUAAAUGAUGAGAUGGACUCUAUAGUAGGAAGCAAUACAUAUUUCCUGACUGAUCUCCCACCUGGUUGCAAAGCUUUAGGCUGCAAGUGGAUUUUCACAAAGAAAAUGUUGAUCGGUGGUGCAAUCGAUAAGUUCAAAGCUCGAUUGGUUAUACAAGGUUUUAGACAAAGGGAAGGCAUUGAUUAUUUUGAUACAUAUGCUCCUGUUGUCAGAAUCUCUUCUAUAAGGUUCUUGAUUGGUUUAGCAGCCAUUCAUGAUCUUGUGAUCCAUCAAAUGGAUGUUAAGACUGCAUUUUUAAAUGGUGUCUUGGAAGAAGAGGUGUAUAUGGAACAACCAGAGGGAUUUGUUGUGCCUGGAAGUGAGCACAAGGUGUGCAAGCUGGUGAAAUCACUGUAUGGGCUGAAACAAGCUCCUAAGCAAUGGCAUCAAAGAUUUGAUGAAGCUGUCUUGUCUUUUGGUUUUAAGAUUAACCAAUCAGAUAAGUGUUUAUAUAGCAAGUUUGAUGAUUCCAGUAAUGGAGUGAUCAUUUGUCUAUAUGUGGAUGACAUGUUGAUCUUUGGUACCAACCUUAGAUUAGUGGAACUCACAAAAGAGUUUUUGUCAUCAAAUUUCGCCAUGAAGGACAUGGGGGAGGCGGAUGUGAUUCUUGGUAUUAGAAUCAAGCGUGACAAUGGGAGGAUAUGUUUAUCACAAUCUCACUACGUUGAGAAAGUGUUAAAGAAGUUCAAUUACUUGAACUGUGCCCCUGUAAGUACUCCCAUGGAGGCAAGUGUGAAACUUAUGCCUAACACAGGAAAGGCUGUGUUGCAACACGAAUAUUCUCAAGUGAUUGGAUGCUUAAUGUAUGCAAUGACAAGCACAAGGCCAGAUAUUGCAUAUGCAGUUGGAAGGUUGAGUAGAUACACUAGUAAUCCUAGUACUCACCAUUGGCAGGCUGUAAAGCGUGUGCUCAAGUACUUGAGAGGAACCAUGGACUAUGGUUUGUGUUAUGGAGGAUUUCCUUCGGUUUUGGAAGGUUAUUCUGAUGCAAGUUGGAUCACCAACGUGGAAGAUCAUACUUCUACAAGUGGUUGGGUGUUCCUACUUGGGGGAGGUGCCAUUUCUUGGGCAUCUAAGAAACAAACUUGUAUCACAAGUUCGACUAUGGAAUCUGAGUUUGUGGCUUUGGCAGCUGCUGGUAGAGAGGCUGAGUGGUUGAGAAACCUUGUCUCUGAGAUUCCAUUGUGGUCGAAACCAGUGUCUCCUAUCUCAAUCCAUUGUGAUAGUCAAGCAACUUUGGCUAAGGCUUAUAGCCAAGUGUACAAUGGAAAGUCGAGACACCUUGGCGUAAGGCAUAGCGCUGUUCGUGAAUUGAUCACUCACGGUGUGAUAACUUUAGAGUUUGUUCGGUCUCAGCAGAAUCUAGCAGAUCACUUGACGAAGGGUCUGUCUAGGGACUUGGUAAUAAAGUCAGCUGAAGGGAUUGGUUUGAAGUCCAUCUCAAACCUCUAG